AUGUCGCCUAAGGACAAGUACACAGACCCCGAGCUGCGGGAUCAGGUUAAGGAGGAGAUUCAUAAUAGCAACAAAGGUGGCGCGCCGGGGCAAUGGUCCGCAAGGAAGGCGCAGAUGAUGGCCUCAGAGUACAAGAAACGCGGCGGUGGCUACACUACCGACAAGAAAGACAAAGACGAGAGCCAAAAGCACCUCGACAACUGGGACAAAGGAAGAAAAGCUUGGGAGCAGAUGAGCGAGAAGGAGAAGCAGGAGACGGACGAGAAGAAACAAGAGGAGAGCAGAGGGGAAGCAGUAUGUUGCCAACACGUCCAAGGCCAAGAGCGCCCGAAGAAUACGAGCAAGGAUCAGGACGACUUCAAGAAGCAGGACGGGGAAGCAGACGCCGCAUCUCACGAGGAGAAGUCGGAUCACUCGGGAUCUGCUCGGAGCGGAGAGCAAGCGGAGCAGAAGCCCAAGAUACGCGGACGGGGAGCCAAUCAGAAGGGAUCCAACAAGAAGCUAAAGCAGAAGAACGGCAGUUCAGACCAGCCCAAGGGCACUCCUGGAGACAAGACCCGCGUCCCCAAGAAAGGCCAGAAGGUGCAGUGGCACUCUCUGCCGGGCUAUGUCGACGGGGAGGUUGUCGAGAUGGUGUAG